AUUGAUCAGAAUGGCGGCCGGGCGGGGACGCACAGCACAUACCGCCGUUAGCCUGCCAGCCUAAUCCUUACUCUGAGGCCUCUUUGAUUAUAUUUCGUCAUAUUUUGGGGUGUGACAUGGUUAAAAGGACUUAAUUAAUGUUUAUUAUUAACAUUUUUGUUCCAAUAUCUUUGAUCGGCAAAUAAAAUGACUGAUUCUCAAGCUCCAAACCCAAAUACUGUUCGUGCUGCUACUCCUGGAGCGUUUCGUAGGUUCUUGGAACUCCUGUUCAUGCUCUUCUCUGCUGUUCUAGUCGUAUUCUCAUGGGACAGCGCUAUUAAGGCGAAUGAGGAAAACGCAGUCCUCCGGGAAGAGUUACGACGAAGCAAGAAAGCAGAUUUAGAUGGAGACAGAUCUGGGACCAGGUGUACAGUUUGCUUGGAUAACCCUCGUGAAGUUAUGAUAACUAACUGUGGCCAUGUUUGUAUGUGUGCUCAAUGUGCUGAAAGGAUACGGCUUGGUGACAACAGAUGUCCCGUGUGCCGGAUAAAUAUUCAAAGUACUCGGUCUGUUUACAUCUCCUAGUAGUCUGUGCAUUUAAUAUAAUAGGGUUGUAGGGUGCGUUUACAUGUGGCCUUGCGAUGCCUGGUUGUGUAGAUAGGUCGAUAAUUGUAUCAUUCACGUACUCCCCCUCCUCGAGACUCCGGUAUUCUUCGGAGGUUACAAUCAUUUUGCUAGAACAACGCUCAGGGAACUGACAGAGUGUAAUCACGGGCUGAUCACUUCCGUUAUCAGCGUUAUCAUCUACUUCAAUCUCACUACUGUUGGAUACACACUUCUGAGAUUCAUCCACGGCAGAAAUGCCGUUAUCAGCGUUAUCAUCUACUUACACUUACACUUACAGGUUCAGGUUCAAGAUCAUCCAUCUCACCUUCAUCAUCUUCUUCAUCAGCAGCGGAUCAGGUGUGAGAAUGCCAGCUUUACGGAUGGGUAUAAGCCUCUUGAAACGAUCCCAAUGUUAAUCCCUAAGCUCCCUGUAGAGGUAUGUGUUAUCUGGAUCCUCGGAGAGUGGUUUAACCAACCCUGUCUCACCCAUCACCUGCUCCAACUUGGUGUCCUGUCCGACUGUUUGACAUUUCUUGCAUUUUUGAUGUUUUCAGACUUCAAUGCAUUUUCAAUAGGGCCUUAAAUUAGAAAAAUUAUAAAAAUAUUUUCUAAAUUGGGAUUCUUCGUUCAUUUAUUGACGUUCCAUGCUCUCACUAAUAGAACUUGAGUGCAUGACAUGAAUCCUUGAAUCUACUUGACUGUGAUAUGACAAUGGUGUGAUCCUUUUUAGUUUAUUAAUCCUGAUUUCAUUCAGCAUUUUUUGCUUUCAAAUGGAUUUUCUAAAAACUAUAACUUGAUUAAUGAUAAUUAAUAUUUAUAUUUUCAGAUAAAAUGGCAGAUAUUGGAAUCAACGGAUUCGGACGUAUUGGUCGUCUAGUGCUACGAGCUGCACUAGCCAAGGGAGCAACUGUUGUUGCUAUCAAUGAUCCCUUCAUUGAUCUCGAUUACAUGGUGUACAUGUUCAAGUAUGACUCUACCCACGGAAUGUACAAGGGUGAGGUGAAGGCAGAGAACGGAAAGCUCGUUAUUGACGGACAUGCCAUCACUAUUUUCGGAGAGAGGGAUCCCUCUGCAAUUAAAUGGGCCUCUGCUGGAGCCAAGUAUGUUGUUGAGUCCACCGGUGUUUUCACCACCAUUGAGAAGGCUGGCGCUCAUCAUGCUGGUGGAGCACACAAGGUCGUAAUCUCUGCCCCCUCGGCCGAUGCCCCGAUGUUUGUGAUGGGAGUGAACGAGGACGCGUACACCUCCGACAUGAAGGUUGUCUCCAACGCAUCCUGCACCACCAACUGUCUGGCUCCGCUUGCCAAGGUUAUCAACGACAACUACGGCAUCCUGGAAGGUUUAAUGACCACUGUUCACGCCACCACGGCUACUCAGAAAACAGUUGAUGGUCCCUCUGGCAAGGACUGGAGAGGUGGACGUGGAGCUGCCCAGAAUAUUAUUCCAUCCUCUACUGGAGCUGCCAAGGCCGUCGGCAAGGUUAUCCCUGAAUUGAACGGUAAACUUACUGGAAUGGCAUUUAGGGUCCCAACUCCUGAUGUUUCUGUAGUGGAUCUCACAGUCAGGUAGGGUUGAGAAGUCUCUUAUAUGGUUGUGUGUGUACAGGGUAUUCUCGGAUAUACUGAGGAUCAGGUUGUAUCUACUGAUUUCCUCGGAGAUGCUCGUUCAUCCAUCUUCGAUGCUAAGGCUGGAAUCCAGCUCUCUCCUAACUUUGUGAAGCUGGUUUCUUGGUAUGACAACGAGUUCGGAUACUCGAACCGUGUUAUUGAUCUGAUCAAGCAUAUGCAAGCUAAGGAUGCUUAAGAAGGAAUCUUUUUUCUCUGUUCAGAUUUCAAGCCUCCAGCAAACCUGAAAUAUCUGUCAGAAGCAUGAUUUAAGUAGUUGCUUGGUAGUUGCAUUUUAUGAUCUUAAAACUGCAUGAAUUAUUAUGCAGUAAAUUUUUAUGAAAUAUUUCAUGUUUUAUGUUUAAGGAUUGUGAUUGCUUCAAGUAUUAGAUUUUUCUCCUUAACUUUAUUAAUUAUGUUUAGUUGCAUUAAUGAAAUCUGCCAAAUAUAAUCCUGGUGUUCGAUGUGAAAUAAAUUCUAAAAAUAUA